AUGGACGACGUAUCAGUUUCGAAGGGAAUUUUUGCUCACCCAGGACGUUACACAAUUGGCAGCAAUCGCAAAAGGUCAAAAUCAGUAUCAAAUUGCAAAUUUUCAGAGCCUUGGUAUCUAGCGUACGAACAAGUUUGGUCGACAAUUAAAAAUUGCGCUGAGGAAAUAAACACCGAUAUGUUCAAGCAAAUAUUGACCGACAUAAAGAAGUACAUGAGCGAUAUCAAGGAAAAUAAUAGCAGCGAUUUUUUAAACGAAAUUCCCACCGCUAUAUUGUUAACAGGCAUCAACCUUCCGGAUCAUGACGAGUUAUUUCGUAAAUUGGCGUUACAAAUAUCUGGCAUCACCAAUUAUAUUGCCGUUGUUCAGUCCAGGGACUCGGCAAGCAUAAAAUCGUUGACGGAGGAUAUGGUUUUUCAGUUAAUAAACGGAUCCGAUCAGGUCCCGAUUGUCAAAAAAAGCCAGUGUACUUUGAGAGUAUUAGAGGCUUGGUACAAAGAACAAUGUACGGACACUCCGCUGGUUAUUGUAAUCCCGGAUUUUGAAAGUUUUAAUCCGAUUAUACUACAUGACUUUAUAUUGGUGUUGAGGAGAACAAUGAAAUUCGUACUAAUUUUCGGAGUUGCAACAACUCUCCACGCAGUUCACAGAUCAUUACCAUAUGACGCGACGUCCAAACUUCGAGUUCAGGUUUUUUACACGCAAACGCAAGUUAAAAGUUUGUCGGACAUUUUGGAGGGCACUGUUUUCUCCGGAAAAACCCCUUUUAUGCUAACAGGACGCGCGUUUCAAUUAUUGACGGAUAUUUUUCUGUUUUAUGAUUUUUCCGUCGACUCUUUUUUGCAAGGCUACAAGUUAUGUAUGUUCCAACACUUUUUCGGCAACAACCUGACCUCAUUGUGCUGCAACCGUAAAACUAUCGAUCAAGCGAUCGGAAAAUUAUCAACCGAAGAUUUAGAUGACAUCAGAAGGUUACCCUCAGUCGUAAAAUACACGGAGAAGCAUAAAAUAAAAGGAAAAGAGGACAUGGACGACGAAAGCUUAAAAUGGCUGGUUGGAAAGUUUCUACAACAAUUUCACGACUCUACCAGUGGAUUUUUUAUUAUUCUCAAGUGCUUGCAUUAUUUGGUUUCUUCUCUUCCCGGAUCGCCGUUGGGUAAACAGCUACGUGAAAUAUAUGCAACAGCAGUGACAUGUGAUUUAACAGAAACUCAAGAAUACAAAGAAUGUAUAAAACUACUAAAUUUUCUAUCGAAAUCCGAAUUAGUAACAAAAUUAGAGAAGAUAAUAAAAAUAAUAGAAGAUAACCACACCGAAGAAAUAAAUUUCAAUGGAGUUAUAGAAAAUUUAAAAAUGCAUUUAGAAAAAAUAAAAGCAGCCAGUUUGGAAAUUUCAUCAGAAGUUACUCCAGUUGCAACUCCGACUAUGAAAAUAAGUCGGACUUCAUUUAGAGAAAAUUUACUGAAUAAAGCGCAAAAGUCUUCAAAGUCGGAAUUUAAACAAGCGCAAUUGAAUUUGAUGAAUUAUUUAAAUGAUGAUUUGUUUAUGGAGUAUUUAAAAAAUCCAAACCGUUUGCCCUGCAGUGAAAUAUUUUGCUUCAGCGACGCAAAUGCCGGGAAACAUCAUUUACGAGUGCGGCUGCUGCAAAUUCGAAACCGAGCAAACGAUUCUACCGACGUUACCCGACCUCAGCAUUAUUUACAAGCUGCAUUUGGAGUCAAGGAAAUUGAUCAAUAUGUAUGAUUGGUUGCAAGCAUUUUUAAUGGUCGUGAAUCCUAACCACGAAUCAGAACAAACAGAAGUGGAUCCCGAAAUACAAGCACGUUUCACUCGAGCCGUUGCCGAGCUCCAGUUUCUCGGCUUCAUAAAAACGUCUCGGAAGAAAACCGACCACGUAAAACGACUCACAUGA